AUGGGAUCUUACUACUCCACGACCUUUCACGAAAUUCUUACCAAAGCUGACCCCAACAGCGGGAGCAGCGACGGCGCCAGUAGCACCCACCCGCACUUCGAGCCUAAUAGCCACCGCAACUUCGACUUUGAUGCCACCAUGCCCCCUACUCUCUUCCCACUGGCCAAAACCCGAGAUUUCCGCGAAGCCUGUACGAUGACGGACCUCGCCCCAGAUUUCUCAAAAGAAAGCGACAUCCCUUCGUCUCUAGAACCCAUCGCCCCCGCCCUCGUCCGUCGUCCCCACAGACAACUCACCCCCGACCGUCUCCACGAUUUCGCCACGAACCCACUACAGCUCAUCGACAAAGCCUUCCUCCUCAUCGUCCCUGAUCUAGGCAGCACCCUAGGAAAACUCGUGUUAUGUAAAUUUUUUGGGGAUAAGAAGGCGAACGAGAUGGGUUUGGAUAGGACGAUGGAAGUAUUAGAAGGUGGGUACGAGAUUGAUCCUCCACCUGCUGAUCCUAGUGCUGGACCUCAGGGGGUGGGGUUAGCGGGGAGGGUGUUUGGCGCGUUACGAUCGUUUACAGGGUUUUAG